GCACAUCGCCAUGAAAUUCCUUUUCUGCCUUCUCUUGUGUAUUUCUGUCUUCUACUUGGCAGAAUGCUCUAUUAUCGAUGGGCAGGAUCGAGUCAAGAGACAGCUUGGAUUCGCUAAUAUGAUAAAUCCAUUCGGAGUACGUAGACCUCCUCCUCGUCGUCAUUAUCGAGGACCAAUGAAUACGGAAAACUUCGCGACCAAUCGAAGGGGGAGGGGGGAGAGGGAAGGGUACGCCAUUGAAAUUUCCACCUACGCUGCGAAAACUCGGUUAUGA